AUGACGAAGAAUAAUCUUGCCUCGCAUCUCAAAUGGCUUCUGAAUCAAGGCCCUUCUCUGUACCUGUCCUUGACCACCGAUACCCCUCUGAUUGAACGCGACAACCGCGCGUCUCAACAACCAACUCCACCCUUCGACGAAAGCGACGAACCAGACGAAAUAUUUGAAGACUGCAACGAUGUGACGGAUGAGAAUAUGGCAAGACUUAUGCUUGCACCGCAAUCGGCGAGCAAGCCUCGCAUGCUCAGCCACCCCGACAAAACACUCGAGAGAACGCCUUCGACAUCGAAAAAGCUCUCCUCUUCGAAGAGUGUGGUCCAAGACAUAGAAUCUUAUUAUGAGCCGACUUCAUCUUCCAAGACCAUUCGACCCAAAGCAACCCAACUUUGCUUAGACCCAAAGAUAGAGACUUCUCCAUUCGAUGUCAUUGAUUCGAUUGAUCUGACUGGAGAAUUCCAUCGGAUGCCCUCUUCUUCGACGGCCGAGUUUGCAGAGCCGCGACAAUUAUGGACCGAGGACGAUGCAUCCCGAGAAGGAGCCAACGAGAAACGUGGAAAGAAACGAAAGAGUGAAGAAAACACAUUUGAUGUCCUUUCACCGUCAAAGCAUGUUGCCAAAUUGGGGACGCCUUCAAAGGCAAGCCGGCCCUCAGUAUCGAGUAAUGCCGAGUAUCUUUCUGCGAAGAGUGAAGUCAGCCGAAAGAGCCCUCUUCAAUCAAUAGUUCUUGGCCAGCAGAGCUCUAGAAAACCCCCCACGAGCAGUCGCAAGCGGGUUAUUGCCGACUCAGAUGAAGAAGACGACCCAUUCGACGUGAGCUGGCUGGCCAAUGACGGGGUUGAGGAAAUGGUCCUUGAUGCUGACCCACGAUUGUAUCCACGGCUGCCCCAAGUUAGCCCAGCUGAAAGUGAAAAGAAGAAGAAGAAGAAAAUCGAGAACUCGGCUCCCAGAAGCUCACCUUCAAAGACUGUUGUGGACGAUACAACUACUCGCAAGGAGUCCCAGCCUCCGCAGCCAUCUCCAGGACUGAAAGUGCCCAGCUCUCAGCAAAAGGAUCCUAAAGUUUUGCAAUUCCUGACUUUAUCGGCAGGAGCCUUGCAACAUUCAAUCUCACAGUUAAAGAAAACUUUACAAAAGAACGCGGAGGUUGUUUACGAACAAGCGAUGGAAGGUCGGCCGGCACCUGAUCUGAUUGCCGACAACAAAAACCUUGUUUCCCAAAUCCAAGCCAUUGAUACCUUGCAAGGACAUCGAGACACCCACAGAGACUGUGUCUCUCGCAAGGAGACCCUCAAACGGAGUCUCAUGCAGGCUAUCUCCCAAGGCUUGGACCCAACAACGAUGCCGGAUGAACUUGCACGGAGUCGGGCAGUUGAGGCGGAGCUGGAACAAGUUGAAUCAGAGAUUUGUGAACUAUUACCUCGGGCCAAGAUCUUGGAGAUGGGCCACGAGUCAGUGUCGGGUUAUCCUAGCUCACCCGUAAAUUCCAGCAGGUCACCUCGGCUCUCAGAUGGACUAAAGGGAUCAUCUUUCUCACGGCCAUCACCACCAGCAUUGAUAAAGCCAGCCCAAAGAAGAGAGAAUAUCCGAGAACCGCAGUCAUUUACGAGUCCCAAGAGAUACAAACAAGGCUCAAUCAUGGCUCGCAAUGAUGGGAGUCAUAUCUCUCGAAAUAUGGGCUCUCCGCCUCCGCCAAUGGACUUCGAUGAUUUUGACUGGAAUGCUAGCGAUGAUGAGAUGCUAGAGGUAGCCGGAAGCUUUGAGAAUGAGCCCUCAGUGUCUGUUCGCGAACAGCCUAGUCAAACCCGCAAGGUCUUUGCCGAGACCUCUGGAAACUCUUCGCGAAUGCCUCCGCCAAAGAAGUCACCGGCUCGCAGCAAUUUUUGGUCCAACCAUCAAUGGUCCCAGGAAGUGAAAACUGUUCUCAAAGAUCGAUUCCAUCUUCGUGGAUUCAGGCCAAAUCAACUUGAGGCAAUUGACGCUACUCUUGGUGGGAAAGAUACCUUCAUCUUGAUGCCAACCGGUGGAGGAAAGUCACUGUGUUAUCAGCUGCCUUCAAUUGUGAACAGCGGCCGUACACGCGGUGUGACCCUCGUUGUUUCUCCCUUGUUGAGCUUGAUGCAGGACCAGGUCGAUCACCUGCGAAAGCUGAAUAUCAAUGCUUUCUUGAUGAACGGCGAAACCGAGCAAGCCCAACGCUCAUGGAUCCUCGGCCAACUAUCCAACCAUGGCGGCGAGGGGUUAGAGUUGCUAUACAUCACGCCCGAGAUGAUCAACAAAAAUCAAACUCUGGUCCGAGCUCUCGAAAAGCUCCAUCGCCGCAACCAACUGGCACGUUUGGUUAUUGACGAAGCACACUGUGUCAGUCAAUGGGGCCAUGACUUCCGACCAGAUUACAAGGAAUUGGGAGAAGUCCGAGCUAAACUUCCGGGUGUGCCACUCAUGGCUUUGACAGCUACGGCGACAGAAAACGUGAAAGUGGAUGUCAUGCACAAUCUCAAGAUGAGCGGAUGUGAGGUCUUUUUGCAAAGCUUUAAUCGACCCAACUUGACUUACGAGGUUCGACCGAAGGGCAAGAAUGACGAGGUGCUCGCCAGCAUUGCCGAAACAAUUACGAGCACUUAUAAAAAUCAGUGUGGAAUUGUUUACUGUCUAUCUCGCAAAACAUGUGAGAAGGUUGCCGAGGAUCUUCAGAAGAAGUACAACCUCAAAGCAAAACAUUACCAUGCAGGUAUGAAUUCUAGUGACAAGGCCAAGACGCAAAAUGCCUGGCAGAUGGGUCGGUGCCAUGUCAUUGUUGCCACAAUCGCCUUUGGAAUGGGAAUUGACAAGCCCGAUGUACGCUUUGUUUUCCACCACAGCAUCCCGAAGAGCCUGGAGGGUUACUAUCAGGAAACUGGACGUGCGGGUCGAGAUGGCAAACGAUCUGGCUGCUACCUCUUCUACGGGUACAAGGAUACCGCCACUCUUAAACGCAUGAUUGAUGCUGGCGAGGGCAGCUGGGAACAAAAGGCCCGACAAAAGGCAAUGCUUCGCAACGUAGUGCAAUUCUGUGAGAACCGCAGUGACUGCCGACGGGUACAGGUACUUGCCUACUUCAAUGAAUACUUUCGCCGAGACGAUUGUGGCAAUGCCUGUGAUAAUUGCAAGUCUGAUCUGGUGUUCGAGGAACACGACUUUUCUCAUCAUGCAUCAUCCGCCAUCAAGAUUGUGCGACAUUUCCAGUAUGACCUGAAAGAGAAGGUCACUGUACUUUACUGCGCUGACCUCCUGCGUGGAGAUCUGAAAAGAGCCAAAUCGCCGUCCCACAAGAAGAUACCUUGGUACGGCGAUGGGUCUGAUCUUGAUCGAGGAGAAGCAGAACGUCUUUUCUACCGGCUAUUGGGAGAGGACGCACUUGGGGAAGAUAAUGUCAUCAACGGCAAGGACUUUGCUAUCCAGUACAUCCUUCUCGGUCGCCGUGCGACCGAGUAUGAAACCGGUCAGCGAAAGAUGAAGCUGCAAGUUCGCGUAUCUCCGAAUGGCAAGACCAAGGCAGCACGACCAGCACAGAAGUCAAGAAGGGGCAGUCAAGGAUAUCCUCAAUCUACGAUGGUCUCUUCUCCUAUUCAAUCUGCCAACGAUCGCCGCCAGGCGCGUUCUCAGCAACGAAGUGCUCGGGUCGAUCAUUCUUCGGCCGAUGAAGAUAGCGACGGAUUUGAGCCAAUUCGGGUGGUUGGAAAGCAACGACGUGACAAUGCGCGAGAAAUUGGUCCCCCAAUUACGAGUGAUCAAAAGAUGGAUCAACUUGACCAUCUUCACCGUGCUGUUGUAGAGGAUUUCGAGGUCACUGCUAAGCGAUACCUUCAAGAUAUUGUUGUUGAGAAAGAUCUUCGCUACCAGCCAUUCCCCGAUUCCAUUUUGCGCGAAAUGGCCAUCGGGUUUCCCAAAAAUCUUUUGGAGCUUGCUGCAAUCCCGAAUAUCGAUCAAGACAAGGUCCAGCGAUAUGGUCGCCAGAUGUUGAGGCUAGUCGAUAAUGCGAAACGACGCUAUGCGGAAUUGACCCAAGACGCGCAAGAUGCCGACGCGAAUGGAAUUGUGCCAGAUCCUAACCAUCACAAUGUCAUCAAUCUCAGCAGCAGCGAUGAGUAUAGUGAUGAUGAUGAUCUUUUUGUGGAUCAAGCUUCCACCUUUGAUUAUCCCAUGGAAGAUAAUCCUCCCAACGAAGACAUCACCAGCCGCUAUUUCCCUCCUCCACUAUCGCCCGGCUUUGGCCCUGGUGACGACAUGGAGUCGGGCGCAACUGCUUCCGGCUCCAAGGGACGCUCGAAGCGCCCAUACACCAAACGUCCACGGGGCAAGAAAGGUGCUUCUAGCGGUGGUACCUGGAAAGCCAAGGGCUCCAGAGCAAAAUCCAAGGCUGGCGACCGUGCCCCGAAUCGGUCCGCCGCGCCAAAGAAGACCGUCAAAGCGAAGACCCCCGGAUCCACGAUUGGAAUGAUGCCCAUUUGA